AUGUCAAAAAAACUUUCAUCCCCAUUGUCCUUUCUACCACUGUAUAAUUUGUUUUCUGCAGUUGGUUGGUCGUAUUUGCUUUACUCGGUCGUUUCUCUCUAUCCAAAGAUUGGUCAGCCAUCAUUCUUCUACCAAACUAGGAAUAUUGCCACUCUUAUCCAAUGUGGUGCUGUAAUUGAGAUCAUCAAUUCAUUAUUGGGAAUUGUGCGCUCUCCAUUGUCAACCACUGUUGCUCAAGUGUCUUCUAGAUUACUAGUUGUCAUAGGUAUAUUCCAGUUGCUGCCAAAUACUAGCGGCGUUCAAUCGAUUGUGUACAUCUCGUUAUUGCUGGCAUGGUCUAUAACUGAGAUUGUCAGAUACUUGUAUUAUUUUUUUACUUUAGUGUUUAAAAGUGGUGCACCAAAGAUCUUAGUCCUAUUGAGAUAUAACUUAUUCUGGGUCUUGUACCCUACAGGAGUUGCUAGCGAACUAUGCAUUAUUUACUGUGCUCUGAACGCUGCCGAAACUCAGUAUUGCCUACUUUAUAAGAGAUUAUUACAGGUCGCAAUGAUAGCUUAUAUCCCUGGCUUCCCAGUGUUAUUCUUACAUAUGGUAACACAAAGAAAGAAGGUUAUGAAGGGCUUGAGUUCUCCUUCCGGGAAAAAACUAAGUUAA